AUGGAGUACUUCAUGGUGCCGGCCCAGAAGGUGCCCUCCCUGCAGCACUUCAGGAAAUCCGAGAAGGAGGUCAUCGGCGGGCUCUGCAGCUUGGCUAACAUCCCGUUGACUCCGGAGACCCAGCGGGACCAGGAGCGGCGGAUACGCAGGGAAAUCGCCAACAGCAACGAGAGACGGCGGAUGCAGAGCAUCAAUGCUGGCUUCCAGUCUCUGAAAACCCUCAUCCCACACACGGACGGGGAGAAGCUCAGCAAGGCGGCCAUCCUCCAGCAGACGGCCGAGUACAUCUUCUCCCUGGAGCAGGAGAAGACUCGGCUACUGCAGCAGAACACCCAGCUCAAGCGGUUCAUCCAGGAGUUCAGCGGCUCCUCCCCAAAACGGCGACGGGCGGAGGAUAAAGACGAGGGCAUCGGCUCUCCGGACAUCUGGGAGGAUGAGAAGGCCGAGGAUCUGCGGCGGGAGAUGAUUGAGCUCCGGCAGCAGCUGGACAAGGAGCGCUCGGUCCGCAUGAUGCUGGAGGAGCAGGUUCGCUCCCUGGAGGCUCACAUGUACCCCGAGAAGCUGAAGGUGAUCGCUCAGCAAGUGCAGCUCCAGCAGCAGCAGGAACAGGUGAGGUUGCUGCACCAGGAGAAGCUAGAGCGCGAGCAGCAGAUCCGAACCCAGCUCCUGCCAUCACAUGCUCCCCCAGCGCCCACCCACCACCCCACCGUGAUCGUUCCAGCGCCGCCUCCCUCCCAUCACGUCACCGUGGUCACCAUGGGCCCGUCCUCGGUCAUCAACACAGUCUCCACGUCCCGGCAAAACCUGGACACCAUCGUUCAGGCGAUCCAGCACAUCGAGGGGACGCAGGAGAAGCAGCUGCAGGAAGAGGAGCAGAGACGCGCCGUCAUCGUGACGCCGGCACGCGCCUGCCCCGAGCCCUCCGCCUCCGACACCGCCUCCGACACCGAGGGCAACGACAGUGACUCCAUGGACCAGAGCAAAGAAGAGCCCUCGGGGGACGGGGAGCUGCCCUGA